AUGGGCUAUCCCCGCGAGGAACGCAUACACGUCAUCGAAACAUCGUUCGCAACCGCAUCUGGUGCGGCCAGCGGGGCUCCGUUUUGUUUCCAGAAGCACGUUUGGCGGGUGCAGGCUCUUAAUGAUGUGACCUAUGUGCUGAGUAAGAAAAACAGACUGGCGCAUCGUUUGGUCGCGCUCUACUGCGAUCGGAUGAUUCUGGCGCUCCGCUCCAAGUACAAGGAGUGGAGCUCUCGGAAUUCUGUCGUCAACGCACUGCCUGAGGCCUACUCGAUUUUGCUAGAGGCUACUCCAUCGUGGGACCCGAACCCUGUUGGGUUCCCUCUCUACAAUCAAUACCUCGACGACGAUUGGUACGAUACCCGCACAAUCGAGCGGCUCAGGGAAACAGCCCAUAAGGUCCUGAAGUUCCUGUCACAACACGACCUGGACAGAUAUGUCGAGAUGCCCUCCAUUGCCUCCCUGGUCGCCCGCCUCACCUCCCUUUUUGCCGAAGAAGUCCAAGCAGAUAGGUGGGAAACACGAAAGCACACCAUCAUUACCACUCUGGAGGAUCUGCGCAAGUUCAUUCGCAUUCUACCGCCAUCCGGAGAGGAGGAGCUUUUCCGCGCUUGGUCGACCCUCCGACGUGCUAUCGAAUUCAUCAGGAACCCGUUGGAGCUGAAGGAUCCAUAUAUCUACGACUCCAGUAACCGCGAUGACACAGGUCCCGACGAAUUCACGUGGUUCGUCGACGGAGAUGAAAUACCCGGGAACAUGGCAGACGUGUUCAAAAUAGACCUAUUUUUUGGUGCGAGCGAGGCAGCGUUCUAUCGACAUCCAUGUCGGCGUGCCGAUUGUGACGGCCCUUGGAGACGUUAUGAUCGAGAUCCAUUCAAUGACGCUUCGAGCGUAUGGAAGGCUUUAUACGAGGCAGAUUCAGAGGGCGUCGUCCUUCCUCUGUGGGGUUGCCUCCAUCACGGGUUGAUCGCACCUUGGACGCUUGGGUCAAUAGCCGAAUAUCUUACGAAGCGUCCCGACGCCGAUCGCCUCCUCCUGCUCAUCAAGAUGGCACGGUGCAUUAAUUGGCUUCACAGAAAGAAUGUAGUACACGGCAGGAUAAAGGAGACCGCGUUUCAAAUCAUAGAAGAGGACGAAGAGCCCAAGGUUUAUAUCACCAAAUUCUACGAUGCCCGAACCCUCAGAUAUUCGGACGGAAAAGUCCGAUAUAGGUCGGCGGAGUACGACGACACUCAUUGGGUCGUUGCUCCGGAAUGCGGCUCAUCGAACAAGUACAUGUACGGCAAACCAGCCGAUAUCUGGCCCUUCGGCGGGCUGAUUAUGCUCGUGAUGGGAAAGCGUCUCCGUCUGCACGACUACAAACUCGCGAUGGCCCCUUAUCCCGGGGAGCGGAAGCUGCCAGAGAAACCUAUGGACGAAGCGGCUGUCGAACGGGGCAUGGACGAAGAAUUAUACGGCCUGUUUCUCGAUUGCUGGUCGUACGACCCGGCGUUCCGCCCGACCAUCGAACAGGUCAUACAGCGUCUGGAAGCCUGCCACUACCAAUGGUUGGCGAAACGCCGGCACGCCAAAGCAUAG